AUGCAUGAAGUAAACCAUACUGGAGAGCGCCCAUAUAAAUGUGAAAUCUGCAACAAAACAUUCACUUUAAAACGUCUGUUAAAACAACAUGAAAACAUUCACACUAGACAAUGUCUUUAUGAAUGUACAAUAUGCAAUAAAUCUUUGACAACAAAACAAAGCCUAAAGCAUCAUCAAAUUAUUCAUACUGGGGUACAUCCUUACAGUUGUCAAAUAUGCAAUAAAACAUUUGGAACUAAACGAGCAUUAAUUGUGCAUGAAAUGGACCAUACUGGAAUACGCCCGCAUACAUGUGAAAUAUGCAAUAAAACGUUCACAACAAAACCUAAAUUAACUCGACAUAAAAAGGUCCACACUAAAGAAUGUCUUCUUAAAUGUGCUAUAUGCAAUGAAUCCUUUGCAACAAAACAAAGAUUAAACGAUCAUCAAAUUAUUCAUACUGGUAAAGGUCCUGAUGGAUGUCAAAUAUGA